AUGUCCACCGUCGAACAACCGCACUUGGUUUCUCUUGUUCUACAAUCCAAAAAGGCUUUACAGCACGGUGAACAGCUCUGCCAUGGUGCAAAUGAUAUCUCAAAUGCUACAACGCAGUGUGCUGUGGACAUCUUUGCUCUGGAUGCCAAGAUUAAAUGGAUCACUGACGCCGUGGUAGAGCAACUCAAGCUGGCAGCGGGUGUAGCAAAGAGUAUAGAGGAAAGACGGCUAAGGCUGAGCAAAGAAGUGCAGGAAUGGGAUCAAUCACGCAUCAAGCGCUCUAAUGCUCUUGACAAUGUCCUGGAAUCCUUGGGAUCUCAGCGUGUACCGCCAGAACUUUACCAAACGUCUAGAGGGUCGUCAAUAUUCGGGAGCCAGCAUUCAGAUGAGGAGGAGAAGCCUCCAUCAUCACAGCGCAGUCCAUCAGCUACUGUCAGAAUUCAUGAUAAGCUGCUGGCCGAUAGGACGACGUGGAAGACUUUGCGCGAUUUUGUGGACGACCGAGCCAUUGAUGAAAUCAUGGAUACAUUGGAGAAUGAACGACUCGUGUUAGACGAUAUCCUAGGCAGGACAGAUGAAUUUCCUGAGGUUCUAAGAAGUACAAUAACGAGUAUACGAAACUCGCUACCUGAUGAGGUUCCCCCGGCUGCAAUCGAGAGUCAUCUAAAUUCGCAGGAUGAAACGAUCCAUGCUAUGGCGAAGCUUUUGGAGAGUCUUACGGGUCAUUAUGAUCAAAUGGCGAGUGCCUUGAGGGAUAGUGAGGCUGGGGAGGCGUUUAGUGAUGGGGACCUGCAGGAGAUGAACCGCGACACGGAGGAACUGCCUGCUAUCAUGGCUGAUCUAGAGGAUUACAUAGCUUCUGUCAAGACUGUCUAUGGCACUUUCGUCAACUUUAAGUCUUCUUCGCAGGUCCAACUUGAUGGUCUUCAUGAUAUUUUAGAUGAUCUUGAUGAGUUGGGGGAUAUCAUGACAGAAAUGCUGGAAACGCAGGACUCCGUCGAAGCCGAAUGCGAAGAGAAAUUAUCGGAGCUCCAUCAGCAGCUUCUCACGAUUGAAAAUCUGCAUGACCGAUUUAUAUUGUAUCGUACGGCGUUCGGAAAGCUCAUCCUUGAAAUCGAGCGACGGAGAGUGUAUUCGGAAGCAGCCGAGAACAUCGUGCGCGGAAUGAAUGCCCAGCUGGAAGCUAUGACUGACGAAGAGAAGCUGGUUCGGGAACAUUUCAACGUGGAACACGGCGCGCACUUACCUGAGGACAUAUGUUUGUUUAUCGGUAAUCCACCUACGCAGUGGGAAGUUGUCCCGAGAGAUGGGGAGAUCACAGAAGUGGUGCCAGAGAUUGACCGAGACUUCUUGAGGUCCUUGAGCAUUAACUAA